UCUCGAUCCGAACCGGUCGGGAGGCGAAGAAGACCCGGCUCUGCGCGUCUUUGUGUAAAAUCGACGAUUUUUUUUCUUCUACAUUUCCUUCAUUGUUUUACCAUGAAAAUGAAGUCGGCCUUGGGAAUCUGCUGUUUCGUUUUGCUGGCGACGGGCUUUUCACGGGGAAAUGCCGUGGAGAAGUACCGCCUGUCUUCCGGCCGCGAGAUCCCUGCUGUCGGACUCGGCACUUCCUCGAUUAAAAUCGAAGAAAUGGAGAAGGCGAUCUUGGGAGCUUUGGAGAACGGGUACAGGCACAUUGAUACCGCCUUUGUCUACGACAACGAAGCUGCGAUUGGAAAAGCUCUGAAAAAGUGGUUCGACAAAGGAAACAAACGGGAGAAUCUCUUCAUCACAUCGAAACUUCCAACCCACGGUAACAGACCACAAAGCGUCGAAAAAUACUUGAAGCUCUCGCUUAAGGAUCUAGGGCUGGAUUACGUCGACAUGUACUUGGUUCAUACUCCGUUCGGCGUAGAGGAGGGACCCAACAAUGCGCCUCUGGACAAAAAUGGACUUGCACUUUUCGAGCACGUGGAUCACAAAGCUCUGUGGAAGGCAAUGGAGGCCCAGGUAAAAGCCGGUCGAGCGAAAUCCAUUGGUCUCAGCAAUUUCAAUCAAUCGCAGGUCUUGGACGUUUAUAAUAGCGCGGAAAUCAAACCCAGUAAUUUGCAGGUGGAAUUGCACGGUUACCUUCAACAAAAGGGCCUUCAGAAGUUUUGCAAGGACCAUAACAUGGUGAUGACCGCCUACGCGCCCUUGGGCUCCGCACCUGCGCGAAGCGGUAUUCAUCACGGCACGGAAAAAGAUCUGCCACCGCUCGUCGAACAGCAAGUGGUGAAGGAGCUCGCCAACAAGUACAAGAAAUCACCGGCACAGAUUUUACUGAGACACUCUGUACAGAGCGGACUUGUUGUCAUUCCCAAGAGCUCGAACCCCGAGAGGCAGAAGGCCAACUUGCAGAUUUUCGAUUUCAAACUGACCGAGGAGGAGAUGAAAAAGAUCGAUGCUCUCGACAAGGGCGAGAAGGGACGUGUCUUUGAUUUCUUGGCUUUUUACAAGGAUCUUGGCAAGAACCCUCAGUAUCCUUUCGUCAAGUAACUGUGCGCAAGUAUCUACGAUUAAGUCUACGUGAUAUCAGGGAAAUAAUAUUUUUUAUGUAGUUGCAAAGUAUUUUUUGUUCCAAAGUCUUUAAUAAUUUAGCCUUAUGCAAAAUAAAUUUUUAUACACUUUAACUUCAAGUUUUAGUUUACUACAAGUUGUUGCAUUAAAAAUUAUUGUCAAGUUUCACAAAGAACCGACAUUUCAUGGAUGGUACGAUAAUGAUCUUUUACAAAAAUUUAAAAAACAUUAAUUAAAAUUUGUAAAACGUAUAAAAAGAUUAUUAUGUAAAAAUUUACGAUAGUUCUGUGAACGCAUAAAACAUGCUUAGGCUACAGUUGUACAUAAAUUCAAUUGGAAAAUUCUA